CUCACACACACACACACACACACACACACACACACACACACACACACACACACACAUAAACUCAGACCAGCCUCUUCCUGCUCACAUUUACCUCAGCACCUACAGCAAAAGAUCUGAAGCACAAUGACGUCUCAGGUCUCGAAGACUGUCCUGCGACUGGAGGCUGAAGACGUCCGGGCUCUGAAAGAUGGAAUUAAUUUCAAGAAAAACCAAAAGGACGGCAAAUGCUACAUCAUUUACAAGAGCGAAGGAAAGAUACGAGCGUGUGUGAACCAGUGCAAACACCAGGGAGGACUCUUUAUUAAAGACAUAGAAGACACGGACGGCAGAACGGUGCGCUGCACCAAACACUACUGGAAACUUAACGUGGCCACUAUGGAGUACGUCAACCCUCCAGACAGCUUCAUGCAGGACGAGCUCGAGACAGUGCUGUCGGACGCUGAUGGUGGUUUAGAGCUGCUGGAGCUGAAUCCUCCAGACCCCUGGACCUCAGAGCCCAGAGAAACACAAGAGCUGCUCGACGGAGAGAUGACGCUGACGUACAUCACGCACGCGUGCAUGGAGCUGAAAGCGGGGGACAAGCGGAUGAUGUUCGACCCGUGGCUCACGGGCCCCGCGUUCGCGAGAGGCUGGUGGCUCCUCCACGAGCCUCCGUCCGACGCCAUGGACAGACUCAUCAGAGCCGAUCUGGUUUACAUCAGCCACAUGCAUUCAGAUCACCUGAGCUACCCGACUUUGCAGCGCCUUUCCAAGGAGCGUCCGGAUAUUCCCAUUUACGUUGGAGACACUUCACGGCCGGUGUUUUGGUAUCUGGAGAAAAGCGGAGUGAAUUUAACAAACAUCAACGUGGUGCCCUUCGGCGUGUGGCAGAACGUGGAUGAACACCUGCGAUUCAUGAUUCUGAUGGACGGAGUUCAUCCCGAGAUGGACACCUGCUUGAUCGUGGAGUAUAAAGGUCACAUGGUCCUGAAUACGGUGGACUGCACCAGACCAAACAACGGCCGUCUUCCUCACGGCGUCGACCUGAUGAUGAGUGACUUCGCCGGCGGUGCCUCCGGUUUUCCCAUGACCUUUCACGGCGGAAAAUACACCGAGAGCUGGAAGGCAGAUUUCAUCAAGGCCGAGAGGAAGAAGCUGUCGAACUAUAAGACGCAGCUGGUGAAGUCCCUGCAGCCCAAGAUCUACUGCCCUUUUGCAGGAUACUUCACUGAAGCUCAUCCCUCUGACAGGUACAUAAAGAGGACGAACAUCAAGAACAGCGCGGAAGGUCUGAAUGAAUCAAUAAGAAAGAGCUGUCCAAACAUCCUAACCUGGACUCCUGUGCCUGGAUCUGUCCUGGACUUAGCCCUUGCUCUCAGUGACCCGUCCAGCAGGAAUGUCUUCACUGAGCCGCCCAGCGGCACAAAGAUCAAUAAGGACAGUUGGGAUUUUGACUUGUAUUUGGAUGAACUGAAUGCUUCUGUUUCAGCUGAAAUCUUUCAAUACAAAAGCUGGAUCCAGUGCUAUUAUAACUGGGCAGGAUUUAAAGACUAUAAUCUGGUUAUUCGGGUCAUUGAGACGGAUGAUGAUUUCAAGCCUCUGAAAGGAGGUUAUGACUAUCUGGUGGACUUUCUGGAUCUUUCUUUCCCAGCCGCGCGUCCGGAGAGAGACCACGCGUACGAGGAGAUCAAGAACCGAGUGAAUGUGAUGAGACACGUGGUUCUGAACGGCCGGCUCUGGGACGACCUCUACAUCGGCUUCAAUAACAGAAUGAGUCGGGAUCCUGACGUUUACCACCACAAGUUCUGGAAUCACUUUCAGACAGAGCUGCCUCUAUCGGCACCAGACUGGGACGCUUUCCUUCAGAUCGCCCGUGAAGCAGACACGAGCAGCGAGGGCAGUAACAGCUGCGCUCUAUCUUAACACUAUCACACAGAGCACGCUUAUCAGCACUGCUUAAGUGUUUCUGAUGCUGCUUCUCUUCUGCUGAAAGGGUGUCAAAGAACAUGAUCUGGUGCAUGAUGUGGUUUACGUUCCACGUAGUGUACGUUAUUGUUGCUCCUCUUUUUAUAUACAUGCACAAACAGCUUUCAACACUCCAAAGAGAAACUCGAAAUCUCACCGUAUGAGCCUUUAAUAACUGUGGGACAAAGACGAAACACUACUUGAGGUGGAGGGGAAGAUCUGAUUCUGAUCACAUGAAUAUAAUCGUUUGUUUUCUUCAUCGUGGUGGUUUUAUGUCUCUUUACAUCAGGUUAUUAUAUUACUGUAUUAUUUAUGAAAUGUGUUGAUUUUUUCCCCCUCGGUUGUUGGUGGCCUGUUUGAUUGUUUUUAUUUUAAUCCACUACUGAACAAUAAUCAUGUCGGGUUAUUACAUGGAAUUAUAUUUGAAUUGCUUCGUAAGCAAUAAAAGUGGCAUUUUGCUAACAAUG